AUGCAAUGCCAUCUUACAGAAAAGCUGCCUCAAAAGGUGAAAGACCAUCGCAGCUUUACUAUACCAUGCACUAUUGGAGGGUCAUCCUUUGACAAGGCAAUAUGUGAUCUUAGAGCAAGUAUUAAUUUGAUGCCACUUUCAGUUUUUAAGAAGUUGGGGGUAGGAGAGGUGAAGCUCACAACCAUUACUCUUCAAUUAGUAGAUCGAUCACUUACUUAUCCUAGGGGAGUGAUUGAAGACGUAUUGGUUAAGGUGGACAAAUUUAUUUUUCCCGCUGAUUUCGUGGUAUUGGAUAAGGAGGAGGACCAUGAAAUCCCCAUUAUUCUUGGUCAUCCAUUCUUGGCUACUGGAAGAGCUCUUAUUGAUGUACAGGGUGGUCAUCUGACACUGACGGUUAAUAAUGAAGAGGUUAAAUUCAACAUAUAUCAAGCACUAAAGCAGCAUGACAACACAAGCACAUGUUACCAUGUGGAUUCUAUCGAGGUAGUAGUAGAAGAGACAGUGAGAAAAGAAUUAUGUGGUGAUCCUCUACAACAUUAUCUUAAUUCUAGUAUUACUCAACCUGAUUUGGAGAAGGUGAAUGGUGAGAUUGUGGGUGACGAAGUGGCUGAAUGUGUGAUGGCUCUUACUGCUAUUCCUAGUGCUAGUGGUAUUAAAGUUGAAGAAACUCUUUGUCAAGAAAAAGAAGGUGAAGUUGAGAAGGAAGUGGUGGGAAAGCAAGAUUUGAAACAACUCAUAGAUCAUUUGCGCUAUGAGUAUCUAGGAGAGAAUUUGUAA